AUGGAUCCAUUACCCAAAGACCACAAGUUUAACAACCCGGAGUUCGAUUAUUCCUCAACUCCAAAUUUCCAAGAUGCCAUCAAGGUUUCCGUCUUCUUCCGAAAACGACCUGAUAUCUCUUAUGAACAAUUCUUCGCCCACUGGCAGAGUGUUCACUGUGAUUUGGUACUAGCCACAGCGGCUUUUCGAAGUAACGUUUUACGUUAUGUGCAGGUAAAGUUGAUUUCCCAAGAUGUCCAGGCGGUUAUGCAAAGGCCUCUCUGCCGGGGCCUCGGUACACAAAGCGAAUAUAAAUCUCAUUGUCGGCAGCUUCAUCAUACCCCGGAAAUGCAAGAGCUUUCGCGAAGCUUGAAUGAGAAUGUCCUUGAGUACGAUGCUUGCGCCGAAAUUUGGGUGCGCACGUGGGAUGACUGGCUGAAAUUCUCAGGGAGCGAUGAAUAUAUGUCUGCGCUUGGUGAGGAUUGCCAGAGGUUUAUGCAGUUGCCCAUGACGUAUAUGGUCGGUAGAGAGAAUUUGGUAAUGGGAGACGCGUUUCGAGAAAUCGGGGGGAAGCAUGGAUUUUCGAAGGAUGGAUUUUCGGUGCGAAAGAUUUAG